AUGAAUGAUAUUUCACCAAGACAACCAUGGCUAUUCAAUCUACGCUCAUCUAAGCAACUUGUUGGCCUUGCCAUCUUCUCGACCACCUUUACUGAUGGGUUCCUUUACGGGAUCAUCGUAUCCGUGCUUCCUUUCUCUCUAACGGUUCGGUCCGGAGUACCAGAGGAUGACGUGCCAUUCUGGAUAUCAAUCUCUUUGGCCGUGUUCGGACUCGCAAUGGUACUUGGUGCCCCCAUCGCAGGCUGGAUUAUUGGAAAAUGUGAGAGGCGCCAAAUACUGUUUCUGGGAGGCCUCUCUUGUGCAUUCGCUGCCACCUUAUUGUUCAUGCUUGGAGUCAAGCCAUGGGUGAUUAUCGUGGCAAGGAUUUUCCAGGGUCUGUCUGCGGGUGUUUCCUACACUGCUGGAUUAACGCUGUUGGUGGACUCGAUCGAGUCCCACGGGCUGGGACCCUGGGUUGGCUUCGGACUCUCAGGCAUGAGUUUUGGGGUGCUCGUAUCACCGACUCUUGGGGGCAUUGUAUAUGAGCAUGCAGGGUUCUAUUCUGUCUUCAUCAUGGGUCUUUGCGUCAUCCUCGUCAACUUGGUCCUCAUUCUUCUCAUGAUCGACGGAAAGACCGCCGCAAAUUAUAGAGGGCAGAAUGAUCCAACGAACUAUUCUUCUCUUCGGAAUGGAAAAUCCACCAAGAGUGCCAUUGCAAAUGGAAAACGGCGACUGUCAACUGUUGAAGAUGGCGAUCCGACUACCACAACACCGCUCCUCUCACAAUGCCGUGAGAUCUGUUCUAUGGUUAAAAAAGAUCCUUCUUGGUGGACUAUUGUCAGAGGCUUCCUUCAAAAUCAUCGCAUAUCUGCUGCUUUAUAUGGAUGCCUCAUGAACACGAUCUUGGUGAGCGCCAUGGACGCCGUUCUCCCAAUAUUUAUUACGCAGACCUUCCAUUGGUUUUCCGGUGCUACCGGGGCCAUGUUUUUAAAUUUAACCAUUCCGUCGUUGAUUGGUCCAGUUGUUGGAAUGAUGUCAGAAAAAUACGGUGCCCGGUUAAUCUCCGGUGUCGGUUUUACGUUGGCAGCUGUAGCAGUUGCUGGCCUCGCUCUGAUACAACAUGACGAUACUUCAAGUAAGGUCAUGGCAUGCGUACUAUUAUCUUUUGUUGGGAUAGGGCUCAGUACAUCGCUGACCCCGUUAGUUGCGGAUAUACCUCGAAUCGUGAAUACUGUACAAGAGGAACGACCUGAUAUAUAUGGCGAUAAAAGUGCAGUCAUUGAGGCUCAUAUGCUUCUUGCCGUGGCAUUUGGUGCUGGUACUGUGCUUGGCCCAUUGCUUUCAGGGCUUGCGUUUGAGAAUUUGGGAUGGACUGGAUGCACUGCCAUGCUAGGGCUUUUGAGUGUGUCGGCCAUAGUCCCAGUGGUGAUACAUUUGGCCCCAAAUCCGAAAGGCCUGUAA